GCUAAAGAACAUUGCGAAAAAGCACUUGCAAUCGCAGAGACAAUUGGCGACAGGAAAAUAGAAGCAACAAGCUAUGCAAACCUAGGAGGUAUCUUUAAUUCUCUUGGUGAAUAUGUCAAGGCUAAAGAACAUUGCGAAAAAGCAAUAGCAAUCGCAGAGAAAAUUGGCGACAGGGAAAUAGAAGCCAUAAGCUAUCGAAACCUAGGAUAUUUCUUUCAUUCUCUUGGUGAAUAUGUCAAGGCAAAAGAACAUUGCGAAAAAGCAAUUGCCAUCGCAGAGACAAUUGGCGACAGGAAAAUAGAAUCCACAAGCUAUGGAAAUCUAGGAAAUAUCUUUCAUUCUCUUGGUGAACAUGUCAAGGCUAAAGAACAUUGCGAAAAGGCACUUGCAAUCGCAGAAAAAAUUGGCGACAGGGAAAUAGAAGCCACAAGCUAUCGAAACCUAGGAUAUGUCUUUCAUUCUCUUGGUGAAUAUGUCAAGGCUAAAGAACAUUGCGAAAAAGCAAUUGCAAUCGCAGAGACAAUUGGCGACAGGAAAAUAGAAGCCAGGAGCUAUGGAAAUCUAGGAAAUAUCUUUCAUUCUCUUGGUGAACAUGUCAAGGCUAAAGAACAUUGCGAAAAGGCACUUGCAAUCGCAGAAAAAAUUGGCGACAGGGAAAUAGAAGCCACAAGCUAUCGAAACCUAGGAUAUGUCUUUCAUUCUCUUGGUGAAUAUGUCAAGGCUAAAGAACAUUGCGAAAAAGCAAUUGCAAUCGCAGAGACAAUUGGCGACAGGAAAAUAGAAGCCAGGAGCUAUGGAAAUCUAGGAAAUAUCUUUCAUUCUCUUGGUGAACAUGUCAAGGCUAAAGAACAUUGCGAAAAGGCACUUGCAAUCGCAGAAAAAAUUGGCGACAGGGAAAUAGAAGCCACAAGCUAUCGAAACCUAGGAUAUGUCUUUCAUUCUCUUGGUGAAUAUGUCAAGGCUAAAGAACAUUGCGAAAAAGCAAUUGCAAUCGCAGAGACAAUUGGCGACAGGAAAAUAGAAGCCAGGAGCUAUGGAAAUCUAGGAAAUAUCUUUCAUUCUCUUGGUGAACAUGUCAAGGCUAAAGAACAUUGCGAAAAGGCACUUGCAAUCGCAGAAAAAAUUGGCGACAGGGAAAUAGAAGCCACAAGCUAUCGAAACCUAGGAUAUGUCUUUCAUUCUCUUGGUGAAUAUGUCAAGGCUAAAGAACAUUGCGAAAAAGCAAUUGCAAUCGCAGAGACAAUUGGCGACAGGAAAAUAGAAGCCAGGAGCUAUGGAAAUCUAGGAAAUAUCUUUCAUUCUCUUGGUGAACAUGUCAAGGCUAAAGAACAUUGCGAAAAGGCACUUGCAAUCGCAGAAAAAAUUGGCGACAGGGAAAUAGAAGCCACAAGCUAUCGAAACCUAGGAUAUGUCUUUCAUUCUCUUGGUGAAUAUGUCAAGGCUAAAGAACAUUGCGAAAAAGCAAUUGCAAUCGCAGAGACAAUUGGCGACAGGAAAAUAGAAGCCAGGAGCUAUGGAAAUCUAGGAAAUAUCUUUCAUUCUCUUGGUGAACAUGUCAAGGCUAAAGAACAUUGCGAAAAGGCACUUGCAAUCGCAGAAAAAAUUGGCGACAGGGAAAUAGAAGCCACAAGCUAUCGAAACCUAGGAUAUGUCUUUCAUUCUCUUGGUGAAUAUGUCAAGGCUAAAGAACAUUGCGAAAAAGCAAUUGCAAUCGCAGAGACAAUUGGCGACAGGAAAAUAGAAGCCAGGAGCUAUGGAAAUCUAGGAAAUAUCUUUCAUUCUCUUGGUGAACAUGUCAAGGCUAAAGAACAUUGCGAAAAGGCACUUGCAAUCGCAGAAAAAAUUGGCGACAGGGAAAUAGAAGCCACAAGCUAUCGAAACCUAGGAUAUGUCUUUCAUUCUCUUGGUGAAUAUGUCAAGGCUAAAGAACAUUGCGAAAAAGCAAUUGCAAUCGCAGAGACAAUUGGCGACAGGAAAAUAGAAGCCAGGAGCUAUGGAAAUCUAGGAAAUAUCUUUCAUUCUCUUGGUGAACAUGUCAAGGCUAAAGAACAUUGCGAAAAGGCACUUGCAAUCGCAGAAAAAAUUGGCGACAGGGAAAUAGAAGCCACAAGCUAUCGAAACCUAGGAUAUGUCUUUCAUUCUCUUGGUGAAUAUGUCAAGGCUAAAGAACAUUGCGAAAAAGCAAUUGCAAUCGCAGAGACAAUUGGCGACAGGAAAAUAGAAGCCAGGAGCUAUGGAAAUCUAGGAAAUAUCUUUCAUUCUCUUGGUGAACAUGUCAAGGCUAAAGAACAUUGCGAAAAGGCACUUGCAAUCGCAGAAAAAAUUGGCGACAGGGAAAUAGAAGCCACAAGCUAUCGAAACCUAGGAUAUGUCUUUCAUUCUCUUGGUGAAUAUGUCAAGGCUAAAGAACAUUGCGAAAAAGCAAUUGCAAUCGCAGAGACAAUUGGCGACAGGAAAAUAGAAGCCAGGAGCUAUGGAAAUCUAGGAAAUAUCUUUCAUUCUCUUGGUGAACAUGUCAAGGCUAAAGAACAUUGCGAAAAGGCACUUGCAAUCGCAGAAAAAAUUGGCGACAGGGAAAUAGAAGCCACAAGCUAUCGAAACCUAGGAUAUGUCUUUCAUUCUCUUGGUGAAUAUGUCAAGGCUAAAGAACAUUGCGAAAAAGCAAUUGCAAUCGCAGAGACAAUUGGCGACAGGAAAAUAGAAGCCAGGAGCUAUGGAAAUCUAGGAAAUAUCUUUCAUUCUCUUGGUGAACAUGUCAAGGCUAAAGAACAUUGCGAAAAGGCACUUGCAAUCGCAGAAAAAAUUGGCGACAGGGAAAUAGAAGCCACAAGCUAUCGAAACCUAGGAUAUGUCUUUCAUUCUCUUGGUGAAUAUGUCAAGGCUAAAGAACAUUGCGAAAAAGCAAUUGCAAUCGCAGAGACAAUUGGCGACAGGAAAAUAGAAGCCAGGAGCUAUGGAAAUCUAGGAAAUAUCUUUCAUUCUCUUGGUGAACAUGUCAAGGCUAAAGAACAUUGCGAAAAGGCACUUGCAAUCGCAGAAAAAAUUGGCGACAGGGAAAUAGAAGCCACAAGCUAUCGAAACCUAGGAUAUGUCUUUCAUUCUCUUGGUGAAUAUGUCAAGGCUAAAGAACAUUGUGAAAAAGCACUAGCAAUCGCGGAGAAAAUUGGCGACAGCAAAAUAGAAGCAACAAGCUAUGCAAACCUAGGAGGUAUCUUUCAUUCUCUUGGUGAAUAUGUUAAGGCUAAAGAACAUUGCGAAAAAGCACUUGCAAUCGCAGAGAAGAUUGGCGACAGGAAAACAGAAGCCACAAGCUAUCGAAACCUAGGAUGUUUCUUUCAUUCUCUUGGUGAAUAUGUCAAGGCUAAAGAGCAUUGCGAAAAAGCACUUGCAAUCGCAGAGAAAAUUGGCGACAGGGAAAUAGAAGCAAGAAGCUAUGGAAACCUAGCAUUUAUCUUUUGUUCUCUUGGUGAAUAUGUCAAGGCUAAAGAACAUUGCGAAAAAGCACUUGCAAUCGCAGAGAAGAUUGGCGACAGGAAAACAGAAGCCACAAGCUAUCAAAACCUAGGAUGUGUCUUUCAUUCUCUUGGUGAAUAUGUCAAGGCUAAAGAGCAUUGCGAAAAAGCAAUUGCAAUCGCAGAGAAAAUUGGCGACAGGAAAACAGAAGCCGGAAGCUAUGGAAACCUGGGAAGUAUCUGUAUUUCUUUUGGUGAAUAUGUCAAGGCUAAAGAACAUUUCGAAAAAGGAAUUGCAAUCGCAGAGAAAAUUGGCGAUGGAGAAACAGAAGCCCAUUGCUAUGGAAACUUGGUAUUUAUCUUUUUCUCUCUCGGUGAAUAUGCCAAGGCUAAAGAAUGCCUCGAAAAAGCCUUUGUAUUGGAAAGAAAGUAUGGGAAUAGCGAACACGAGUCAAUUUGUCACUUACUUCUUUCAAUUCUUAUGUUAAAAGAAGGCAACAUAUCUGAAAGUAAAUCAAACGCCUUUGUCAGUUUUAAUAAGGCAGAAGCUAUUCGACGUCUGCAAGUACAUGAUAAAUUCAAGAUAUCGUAUUUUGAUCGAAUGUUUAGUAAUUACCGAAUACUCAGCCAAUUUCUUUGUGAUGCUGACUUUCCUUAUGAAGCUCUUUACACAGAAGAAUUUAGACGAGCGAGGGCCCUUAAAGACUUAAUGGCAGCUCGGUACUCUGUAGAAAACGAAAUACCAGUCAGUCCACAAACAUGGGAUUAUAUUGAAAGUAUCGUCAAGAAAGAAUGCAAUUGUGCUUGUCUUUACAUAUCAUACCACGGACAAUCAAUAAAUUUUUGGGUUGUUAAAGCAGACAAACCUUUAAUUUUCCAGCAAAUAAAAGUAAGUGAUGUUUUUGGAUCAGUAAUCAGAGUGGCUGACUUACUUUGUCGCGGAAUUUACAGAGAGGGUCUUUGCUUAGCUCCUGAACAGUGCGAGGAUCGAUCCUGGCUUCCCUCAAACGUUUACAGGGAGCAGGGGUGUGAACGCCUAACUGGAGAAGAAGAUGAAGUUGAGAACCAGCCACCCGAGCGUACUCCUGCUUGUCUCUACAAAAUGAUCAUUGCUCCUGUAGCCGACUCUCUUGAUGAGCCUGAAAUCAUCAUUGUUCCUGAUCGCCACCUUUACAAAGUUCCAUUUGCAGCCCUAGAAGACAAAGAUGGAAAGUGUUUAUCAGAGACUUUCAGGAUCCGCAUCGUUCCCUCUUUGACAACUCUAAAGCUUAUUCAGGACAGUCCAGCAGACUAUCACAGUCAGAGUGGUGUGCUGAUAGUGGGGGACCCUCACGUUGGUGAAGUGUCGUACAAUGGAAUUCUUCAGCCGGUAUCGAGGCUGCCUUUUGCAAAUAAAGAAGCAGAGAUGAUUGGAAAACUGUUUGGUACUCAACCUCUGCUAGGAAAACAAGCCACAAAGCAGGCGGUCCUUCAAAACAUUCAUUCUGUGUCUCUGAUACAUUUUGCUUGUCACGGUGAUGCCGAAAGAGGUGAAAUUGUUCUUGCCCCUCCACCCCUCACUGAUAGGACACCUCAAGAAGAAGACUACUUAUUGACUAUGGAGGACAUUUCGAAAGUUAAACUGCGAGCCAAACUGGUGGUCCUUAGCUGCUGUCACAGUGCAAAAGGACAAAUCAGUGCAGAGGGAGUUGUUGGAAUUGCUCGCGCGUUUUUAGGGUCUGGUGCACGCUCAGCGUUGGUGGCACUGUGGGCCAUAGAAGACAAAGCAACAAAAUAUUUCAUGAGUCGUUUCUACGAGAACCUUGUUCGUGGGAAAAGCGCCAGUGAAUCCCUUCAACAGGCCAUGAAGUGGAUGAGAGAAAACGGUUUCUCCAAGAUUUCGCAGUGGGCGCCAUUUAUGCUUAUCGGAGACAACGUCACGUUGGAUAUUCAGAAGUUAAGGUUAUCAAAAGAACAGUAG